AUGUGUCCAGCAAGACAAAAAAAGCAAGCUGAAAAAACCAAGAAGGAGCUUGAAAGUGAAGAAGAAACCACUGAGACGAACUCUUCCGAAUAUUCUGAUGAGGGCAGUGAUGGGUCCAGUGAUUCCUCGAUUGGUACUGACGACACGUCUGAAGAGGACUCAUACUCCAGUGUUGACGACGAUGUGUCUGAUGAUGAUGAUGGAGAUGACGAUUCUGAUGACUUGGAUGAGGAUAGUGAUGAUGUUGAUGAAGAAUCCGAUUAG